GCCAAGAUGGCAGCGUCCUGCGUGGCGGUGCUGGCUUUGGCGCUGCUGUUGCCGGUGCUGCUGCUGUGCGCGUGGAAGCGCGGGCGACAGGCGGGCGCGUCCGCGCACGUGGUCGUCGUGGUGCUGGGCGAUGUGGGCCGCAGCCCUCGCAUGCAGUACCACGCGCUGUCAUUGGCCCAGAGCGGCUUCUCCGUGACGCUGCUGGGGUUCUACAACUCCAAACCUCGUGUUGAACUCUUGCAGAGUGAUAGGAUUCAGAUUGUGAAGCUGACAGAGCUGCCAAAUCUGGGAGCUGGACCCCGACUUCUCCAGUAUGGAGUCAAGGUUAUUUUUCAGGCAGUGUACUUGCUGUGGAAGUUGAUGUGCACAGACCCUGCAGCCUACAUCUUCCUUCAGAACCCUCCGGGCCUGCCUGCCAUUGCCGUCUGCUGGCUUGUGGGUUGUGUAUGUGGGAGCAAACUGGUCAUCGACUGGCACAACUAUGGCUACUCCAUCAUGGGCUUGGUACACGGCCCCCGACACCCCAUUGUGCUGCUGGCCAAGUGGUACGAGAAGUUCUUCGGGCGCCUAUCCCAUCUGAACCUGUGUGUGACCAAUGCGAUGCGGGAGGACCUGGCAGAGAACUGGCAUAUCAGGGCUGUGACUGUCUACGACAAGCCAGCAUCUUUCUUUAAGGAGACGCCCCUGGACCUGCAGCACGAGCUCUUCAUGAAGCUGAGCCGCACGUACCCUCCUUUCCAAAGCUGCUCCGUGCCCUCGGACCCCAGCGUGGAGAGGUCGGCCUUCACCGAGAAGGACUGUCAGAGCGGAGUGGUGAGGCGUCUGCGUGGGCGGCCAGCACUGCUUGUGAGCAGCACGAGCUGGACAGAGGACGAGGACUUCUCCAUCCUGCUGGGAGCAUUAGAAAAGUUUGAGCAACUAACACUCAGUGGAGACAGCCUUCCUUCCCUAGUCUGUGUGAUAACAGGGAAGGGACCUCUCAGGGAGCACUACCGCCACCUCAUCAGCCAGAAGCACCUCCAGCACGUCCAGUUCUGCACCCCAUGGCUGGAGGCCGAGGACUACCCCCUGCUUCUAGGGUCAGCGGACCUGGGUGUUUGUCUACACAUGUCUUCCAGUGGUCUGGACCUGCCCAUGAAGGUGGUGGACAUGUUUGGGUGCUGCUUGCCUGUUUGUGCCGUGAACUUCAAGUGUUUGCAUGAGCUCGUGAGACAUGGAGAGAACGGACUGGUUUUCAAGGAUGCGGAGGAGCUGGCAGCACAGCUGCAGAUGCUUUUCUUAAGGUUUCCUGACCCUGAUGGAAAGCUAAACCAGUUCCGGAAGGAACUCCGGGAGUCGGAACAACUGCGGUGGGAUGAGAGCUGGCAGCAGACUGUACUCCCUUUGGUCUCUCACAGAUGACCUCCAGGCCAGAGGCUAGGGCCCUGCCCUCAGGGUGUGGAGCUAGGUCCAGGCUCCAUCCAUCCUGUACCCGCCCUUCCAACCAGCACCCACUCCACUUGGUCUCUGGUGGGCUGUUGAGUGCCCCCUAGUGGUCAGAAGCCCAAGGACGGCAGUGGACAACUGGGAAGUGGAUCAUUUGGCAGCUGCUUCAUCCGGUGUCACUGAGAAGCUCUUCUCUCUGGUGACCCUGUAAACCUCUCCGUCCCUGGAUUUUUGUCUCCGGACUUUCACAUUCCUUAUGUUCUGGUUCUUUUGGGCUGCCAUGAGCUCUGGGAUAUCAUAUGUUCACUGGGAUUGGCUGAGCAAGGCCUGAGCUGUCUGGCAGGACAGUCAUACUUGAUAAAUUCAUGUUUUUAUUA